UUUCCCAAAAAUCAUAACCAAAUUAUCAAAUAAUAAUCGCAACUUUAAACAAAUUAUUUAAAAUAUCAAUGUUCUCUACUAAAAAAUAAAUGUGUACUUAAUAAAAUAAGACGCUAUAAUUAUUUUCGAAAUUACGUAGUUAUAAUAUUUUAUAGGUUUCUAGUUUUCACCAUAUUUAGUGCUUGAUUCAAAUCCAUACAAGGUUACACAGUUCCACUUGGAAUGGCUAUACGUAUCUUAAAUUAAUAAAUGCAAUGGAAUCCAUUCGUAGAUCAUGGAAAUUGCAAGAAUUUGUUGCCCACAAAGCAAAUGUCAAUUGCUUGGCAAUGGGACACAAAUCAAAUCAAGUCUUGGCGACUGGAGGUGACGAUAAAAAAGUUAAUUUAUGGGCCAUUGGCAGACAGAGCUGCUUAAUGAGUCUAAGUGGUCACACAACUCCAGUAGAAUGUGUUUGUUUCGGACAUUCUGAAGACUUAGUAUGUGCGGGUUCACAAACUGGUGCUUUAAAAAUUUGGGAUCUGGAAGCAGCUAAAUUGUUAAGAACAUUCACUGGACAUAAAGGGGCAAUAAAGUGUAUGGAUUUCCAUCCAUAUGGGGAUUAUUUGACAACAGGUUCUUGUGAUAGCAACAUAAAAUUAUGGGACACAAGAAAACGAGGCUGUAUUGUUACAUAUUCCAGUCAUCGACUUGCUGUUAACAGUCUACAGUUUAGUCCUGAUGGACAGUGGAUUGCCUCUGCAUGUGAAGAUGGGCUUGUUAAAGUUUGGGAUGUUCGAGUUGGCAAAGUACUGCAGGAGUUUAUAGAACAUACAGCAGCAGUAACAUGCGUAAAAUUUCAUCCUCAUGAGUUUCUCCUGGCCAGUUGUGGAUCAGACAAGACUGUUAAUUUCUGGGACAUGGAAAAGUUUCAAUUAGUGUCCAAAUUUGAAAAGGAUAAUACAUCAAUCAGACAUAUGGUGUUCAGUGAGGAUGGAGCUACACUUUUAGGAUGCGGAAAUGAUGGGUUACAUGUGGUUGGAUGGGAACCUAUACGAACACUAGACACAGUACACUGUCAUUGGGGCCAAAUCCAUGACAUCACUGUAGCACAAACACAGCUCAUAGCGGGCUCGUUUCAUUCGACCUACGUAGUAUUAUCAGUUGUCGAUCUCAAUAAAGUAUAUCCAUUUGGAGGGCCCCCUCCAGUGACACCAAUUGUGGUAAGGGACCUCUCACCGUUCCAAAAGGGUCAUAGUGUACGAAAAAGUUUCUCUAAAGAAAAACCUCCUAAACAAGUUUUGCAUAGAUCAACGCCUCUUGAUGAAAAGACAGCAGAAGAGUCAACUUCUGGGACAGAAGCAGACGAGGAUUCAGGUGCUGUUAUAUCAAAUUUUAAUGACUACACUGAAAUUUUCCGUCCUUCUAGAGCAUUGACCCGUACGCCUCCUCCAGCUACCAGCUUGUCUUCUGAAGACUAUUCUAUUUCAACGCAAGAAUCGAGAGUUCAAAUGGAACGAGGUAUAAGUAGUUCACUACGCGAUCUGAUGGUGGAGGAGAGGCCGCCGUCAGCCGGCGCCUGUCCAUCUCCACCGGCGCCCCGCUCGCCGUCGCCGUCGCACUCGCCGCCGUCGCACUCGCCGCCGCAGCGGCAGCGCUCGGAACACUAUUCGCGCAUACCCACUUCCACAAAGGAACAUUACACAGUAUUAGAAAAGAAAACAGACAUAUUUACAAGGGUGAUGGACAGUGCUAAAGAGGAUAACACAUUCGCAACAACGCAAAUAUCUGCUAUGAGGGAUUAUGUUGCGAGCCCUCACUCAACAGGCACGCUUAACCGACAUAAUUCAUAUAAAGAAACCAAAUCUACUACAGAAUUAUCAAGCAGCAAUCUCCGUCAAAGUAACAGUGAAAUAUCAUUAGGUCCCCCAUCAUUGGGCCAAAGGUCUCUCUCAUUUACUAGAACAUCCAGUGACAAUACAAGAAGAAGAGUAGAUAGCGUUAAUCGAGAACCAGAAAGGGAACAAGAGCCAGAGUUUAUUCCAUUUGCAACUGACAGACCCGUUGGUUUAGAUCUUGAAGAAUUUUUACCGCGGGGGCUGGGUGGUGCAGGGGGCGGGCUGCGGAGAGGGGCGCGCGCCCCGCCCGCCGCGCCCAGCGACCAGGAGGUGCUCGGCGUCAUGAUGCGCGGCCACGACUCCAUGAUGGCCGUGCUGCUCGCGCGCCAGCGAGCCCUGCAGAUCUUUCAUUCUGUACGAGUAAAUAAGAAUUUAAAGACUGCUUUGGAAUCCAUUAUUGCAUUAGAAGACACAUCAGUCAUAUUGGACAUUCUCAACGUGAUGGCGCAUAAACCAUCAUUAUGGAAUCUAGACAUCUGUUUGUUAAUGCUGCCCAAAAUAUACGAGCUAUUGCAGAGUAAAUAUGAAUCAUACAUGCAGUGCGGCUGCAACGCGCUGCGGCUGAUCGUGCGCAACUUCUCGUCGGUGGUGCGCGCGAACGUGGGCGCGCCGGUGCGGGCGCUGGGCGUGGACAUCCCGCGCGAGGAGCGCUACGCCAAGUGCGCGCAGAUCCACCGCCUGCUGCUCGACGUGCGCGCCUUCCUGCUCAAGCGGCAGACGCUGCAGGGCCGCCUCGGCGCCGCCUUCCGCGACCUGCACACCCUCAUGCAGCAGGGGCUCGACUGACCCACCCCACCACCCCGUCGACCCACCACCCUGCCUCUUCGCCAUAUCUACUUACCGGCCUACGUACGAAGGUGUAUACCCACUAUGAACUUCUAAACUGUUUGAAGCUGUACUGAACUGUGCAAAAUCACCAAUUAACGAUUUGUACACGAUUGGAAUUGCACAGUGAAAAAUUGCGUAAAUAUUGGUGUUAUUUACGAAGAGGCACACUAGCUAGUUUGCGUUUGAACGAGAUUCAGUGUAGAUUUGUGUGCGACGCAAUCUUUUAUUAUCGGCGGCGAAUUAGGUGAAAGAUGCGAGUAUCGUCACGAUAUCCAUGAGUAUAUAUGGAUAUAUAGAGUGCAAUUAGAUUUUAAAUAUACAGUAAACUAUGCCUAAAACUGUUUAACAGUCUUAAAAUGUGCUAACCCCCCUACACCGCACCGCAUUCAUCGCCCUUGCAUAAACUGUCAAUCGAUGAUCUGCAUACCUCCCACCACCACUUCGGUAAACAAGGUCUUGCUCAGAUUCUAAUAUACAGUCAAUUUAAUAAAUUACUGUCUGUAGUAGUCAUGCAUAAUACACAAUAAUAAAUUUGGAAUUUGAUCUGUAGAGAUACAAAUGAAAUACCAAAUUGAAUAGAGCUUACUUCAUUAGCAUUAAUAAUAUUUUUUCUUAUUAUAACAUGGUGUGUUAUUACACUAAGAAAAAAAAUUAUAGAAUAUUAUAUAGUAAUCAUCUAACAAUGUAAAAUUUUAUUCUACGUGCACAUAAUGAGAAUAAAUAACAAUAUAAUUUUAUUAAUUUCUUAUUAUUAGUUUUGGAUGAAUUUGUUAUUACAAAAUGGUAUCUUAUCAGUGUGAUAUGUAAUUUUUACAUGACACUAAUUAGGGAAAGUUGUUCAGUUUCUUGAAUACUAAAGUUCUGUAUUAUAUAGCUUUCAUUUAUUAUUAAAUAGAUAAAAUAAAAACUUUACUUGAUCAUUAUGUCUCUGAGGAUAAAAUUAACCUUUUUAUCAUAGUCACCCUACAACUUUUUACCACAAUUUUGCACAAGAUCAUAUGAUGGCAUGACAAAUAAUGUGUUAAUCUAUUGUAAAAUAUGUUUAUUCACUUGUUCUGACUACCUUAUUGUUAUUGAUUUAAAAUAAGUAAAAAUGAGACAUACUUACAAUACACAUACUGUGAGUGCAACAUUAUUUAUUUGAUUAUACAACAUGGAUUAUAAUAAAUUCAAAAAAUAUAUGUAAGACCUGCGCAGAUGACGGAAAAUAUUGAGUAUUAUUAAAUAUAUCAUAGUACCUACUAUUUAUAAUAAAAACAAAUAGUAUCCAUAAUAAUCACACGAGUUUAAGUCAAAAUGUCCAACUAAUUACCCAAUAGACCGACCCUCAUCUGCACAGAUCAAUAAGAAAAGCUUAUACAAUUUAUCAAAAUCCUAAAGUAACAUGGCAAAUUAAAACAGACUGAUCUAAUUUAAAAAAAAAAAUCUUUAUAUAAUUUAAUUUUAUAAUUAAUAGUUUAACAUAUUAAAUAUAUAUUAAAAUAAAAUUUUGCUUAUAUUAUUUUA